CACUCACAUUUUGUGACUAAACAAACACCAACGGCAGACGGCCGCCAGCUUACCAAUAGGCUGCCCUCUGGUGGGAGAUCCUGAGAACUACAGGCAAGGAGAUGGGACCCGGGACAUAAUUCGGUUGGGAGACAAUUGGAAUGAACCUCAUCUAUAGGAAGCAAUUACAGACAACGCUGCAAUGAAUGAAAAUGACUGAGAUGGCGUUGACUUCCUAACAAACAAGGCUGCUCCCUGGCGGGCAUUACUUCCCCGUGUCCCUGAUCCCAGUCACUCAAUCUGCUCAUGAACCUUCUGAGCCCGAGUCAUCAUCCGCAGGGCUCAAUCCCACUGCUGACCUGAACCCGAAGGCGCCGGCCCGGACCUGGAAGCUGGCGCAGACCUCCCUUCUCUGGCUCUCCCGCGCCUGGAUCUCUCCUUCUUCAUUUCCUCCUCUUUACUGCUCCGGCUCCUUUCGAGUCCCUGUUAACCUCCCCUCUGCUACAAGGAGGCUUUCCUGGUCCUCCUUCCAUCAGGGCCUUCCCUUCCAGGUAUCUCUGUGUGCCUUGUUCAUCCGUAGGGUUUGCACUUGGGCCCCCGUGACACUGGAAGCUCCUUGAGAGCAGCGGCUGUUUUUGCCCUUCUGUGCAUCUGCAACACUAAGCCCAGUGAGUGGCUGCACUAAGCAGCCGUUGAAGAACAAUUGGCUUGAAAUGGAACGUCUUGGUUCCUGACUUCCCUGUCGCUGCUGCCCAUAGAAGGUAAAAGAUUCAUGAGAAAGGAAGAGCUGGAAAACAAACAAUUGACCAGAAAGAUGGUAUAGGAGGAGCAACACUUCGGCCCAGUGGAUAAAGCACAACAGGACCCGAGUUAAAGACAACCUCAGACACUUGAUACUUAUUAACUGUGUGACCCUUCCUGAGAAGUGACAACCUGUGUUGUAAUUGAAGCAGAGCGAUAUUAAGUGGCAAAGCGACAUUUAUACACAAUAGCAAGUUGUUUCUGUGGUCCCACAUGCGCAGUAUAUAGUUAGUGCAUGCACAGUGUUGCUGGUUAUGUAAGGAUAUUCGGGUGUGUAAGGCUGAGAGAAUUUGGAAUAAAUGGACUCCAUGUUUGACCAUCCACGUGAGUCUCGCCUCUUCACUCCUUACCUAUGAUCAAGGACUCGGGCUGGUCCCAAGAUCCUCCAGAGAUCUAGUCUGGACAUUACAUACUCCAUUCUUUAUGAAGUAAUUGCAAAGUGGGAAGAAAAUAAUAAUGUAAAGGAACAUAACUUUGAAGGAUUACAGAAGUGAUUGAUGCAUUGUGCAACCAUGUCUUCAGAAGACUAAUGAUGAGAUCUGCCAUUCCCUUCUGGGUGUGUGAUGGCCAUCCAUGUUCGAUCAUGACUGAUGUGGUGAAGAGCUGGUUUGAUUUGCUUAUUUGACCCAAAGGAAGACUUCUACUAGAAGCAAGAAGAACUGAAGUGUUUGCUGAUCCUUACUGUGGAGCUGGUUCCUUGCACCUGCCUUCAAAAACUGGCUUAGCCCUGGAGAAGAGGGAAUUUGGAGACUGGAACCAUCCUGCAUGAGUCACGGGGAAAAAGGACCAAGAGAUCCUAGAAAGAAUGGGUUGUGAACUCCUCCAGAUGAGAACCCAGAGGAGGAAGGGAAUCUUUAUACCUUGGAUGUUCGUUCUGGGAGUGUUUGCUCUGAGGGAGACCAAAGCAGCCCUCCACAACCUGGAGACUCAGUUUACUGGGUUGGCCAUAACCGACAAUCUUCCAGACAUCAUCUUCAAUGUGUGGGUCGAUGGCCAGCUCUUGUUCUCCUAUGAUACCCAGAACAAGGAGCUGCUGAUCAAACUAGGCUGGGCCUACCCACCUUUAAAGAACAAACUGAUGGAGAAACUGAAAGAGCAUCUGCAGCAAGGAGGAGAGGAUGAUUUGCGGCGUUUCUGUGCCUAUUGGAUGGUCUCUUACAAUGAGACUUGGGAGGUUCAAACAACCCAGAUCACAGUUUUCUGCGAGCUGGAUGGAGACAUCCAAGUGGACAGCCGAAUGAGGGUUGGUUUUGAUGGGGAGACUGUCUGCCAGUUAGACGAACAGAGUGAAGGAUGGGUAACCAAGAAGUCAGAGGUCACACGCUUCUGCAAUUAUUUGGAGGAAAGUGUCCAAUGGGACAGGAUACUAGUAGAUGAAUGCCCAAGAUUUCUGAAGAUUGUCCUGGAACUCUUUCACCUAAAAGAGAAUGAGCCCCCUGAGGUGACCGUGUCUCGCCAUGAUGGCCUAGAUGGCAAGAUCACUCUCUUCUGCACAGCCCGGGGCUUCUACCCCCGCCCCAUCCUUCUCCACUGGGAAAAAGAUGGGCAAAUGGGGGUAUGGGGAAAGGAGACCUCCAGUGGCACCUUGCCCAAUGCUGACGCCACCUUCUACCUCCAACUGACUGUGGAGCUUGAGCUGAGUGAUACUGGAGAUGGUUAUACCUGUGUUGUAGAGCACUGUGAGCUAGGGGUGCCUGCCGUGUACCCAGCACCAGGGAAAGUCACCAGAGGAAAGUCCUGGGAAUUGUCUCUAAGUAUCUCAGCCACUACCAUCCUGCUUCUGGUCUCAGCCGCAGCCUUCAUCAUAUGGAGGAAAAAAGAUGCAUGGGGCCACAGGAGCCAAGAGCACAAUGAAGAAGAAGCUGUGUAAUCUCAGACACAUGGCUGCUCCUUCUGGGCCUCUUCUUGAUCUGUAAAACUACAGAGCUGCACAAGGAGGUCUCAAAGGUACCUUCCACUGCUACAAGAGUCCACUGAAGAGGAAGAGGAAGCCGGGUGCCAUCUUGAAGCAAUUUUGACAAUUACAGUGGACAUGACAAGUAUAUUCUUACAUAAUCAAAAGAAGACAUAUAAGGCAAACUAUUGAAGAAUGUAAAACAUGGAUAUCAAAUAGUGGGAGAAUGCAAAAAAAAAAAAAACACAAAAUAUUUUUAAGUCCUUGGCACUUUUUUGCCAUUGCUUUCUCAUUCCUUCCUUUAAAUAUAAAGUUGUUCCUUGUCAAAUUAAAGCAAUCUUCAGAGCAGACUGACUGUCUUUUCCCUUAUUUAACCAAACAAAAUCUCUUGGCUUAUAUGUUUCACACUGCAAAGUAUUUAAGAAAUUAA